CAAUGUGUGAUCAAUGUCAAAUUGUGUACACAACAAAAAAUCGCUUCCUGUGAUAAUUCGAUCAAAAAUACAUUAAAUAUUACAAGUUUCAAACAAAAAACCGGCAUUUAAAUAAACUUUAGACUUUUAUCUAUCGUUUAAGUGACAAAUGAGUUCGAUUCAAGAGCGUUUACAGCUGAAAAGAGUACCGUUAGAUACAUGGAAUGUGAGAGAGCAGUUAUGCUUGGCUUCUGCAGUCGUAAGAAGUGGAGAUCAGAACUGGAUGUCGGUUUCCCGCGCUUUAAAAACUAUUGGAGAACCAAAUAGGCCACCGGACUGGUAUUCACAAAAAAGCUGUGCAGCCCAAUAUGGAGCCCUACUGGAACACGUGGAGACUCCAAAACGCAAGAAGCGUAGCUCCGAAGGCGCUGUGGAGACGGCACAGGAGAGUAUACUGAAAAGAUUAACCCAGGAACGGAUCAAUGAGAUACAGAAGACACUAGUUGAGAUGAAUCAGCAGUAUGAACAGUUGAAGAAUGAAAUCACAGAAGUCCGGAACCCCUCAACUUCAGAAGAUCGUCUCCGAGAGGUCUGGACAGCAAUCGAAGCUCGCAACAGAGCGAGAGAGAGAGAAGCAGCUCGGAGGGCAGCCUGGCUGAAGGAGAGAGACGAGAGGAGAGCGCGAGCUGACAGGACGUGGAAACCCAUGGGGAACAACCUCAGCCCGCAGCCAACUACUGCUGCCCCAACGCCAGCAUCUCCGUCAUCCCCGCUUCUGACUUCUCUUCUGAAGUCUUCUCCCGUCGUCACCACGCCGCAGCAUAUGUCUCACCCGAAUAACUGUGUUGAAACAGUAUCCCCAUCGGUCACAGCGCCAACAUUAUCACUACUGCUAGAAAAGUCAGCUCAAUCCACACAGCAUGAGAGCAAACACGCCGCUAUAGAGCAUAUCAAAUCCCAACUACAACAGAUCGAACAUCAGUUGAAAGCCAACACCCCACCAGUUCUAUCGACAACGGUACAACCCACAACUCAGGCCCCAUCACUAGAUAUCGAUGACAUUGAGAUUAAAGCGGAGGACGUGUACGCGUUCAGAGAUAUCGACAUACAUAUACCGCCCGUCACUGCCAUGCACAAGCCGCCCAACCGGCCAGCAGACGCAAAGCCCGUGGCCCAACCGAGCAAGGAAGAGGAAGUCACUACGGAGACGGUAGUCACUGAAGAGACGCCUGUCAUUAUAGACGAGCAAGUUAUAAAGGUGGAACCAGAACAAAUGACAGUAGAACCAAUUGAAGAAGAAAUAUUACAAGAUGAUGUUGAUGAUAAUACGGAGCCCGAACACCCGCCGGUUCAAGCAGCAAGAAUUACUAAAGAAAACACUCCGACGCCGGAAGUGGAAGUCAAAAUUGCUUUCCCGGAAGUCAAGUUUCCGACUACAGAAAUUAAAGUUAUACAGCCUGAGGAUCAAAAGAUAAAAGAAGAAAUCAAAGAGGCGGAAACGCCAGCGGAACCGGAAGCGAUCGUCGAAGAGGUCAUAGAGCAAGUAGAGGAGCAACCACAAGUUAUAGAGGAAGAGACCGUUACCCCAGAAGAGCAACAAGAAGAGGCCCCACCACUAACAGAAGUUACAGAAGUCACAGAAGUUACAGAAGUGACACAAGAAUCAGAACAAGCAGUAGUACAAGAAGAACCGGAGCAGACGCCGCCAGAAGAUAUACCACUGCCUGCUGAGAGUGAACCUGUUGUGGAUGAAACUCCCUUACCCGACGUACAAGAAGAAGUACCGCCACAACCGGAGCCCGUCCGCACCGACAGCAUAGAGCAGAAACUUGAAAUGAUGGAGAACGGAGAAAUGCCUGCUGAAGAAACUGCGCAAGUUGAAGAAGUGAAGAAGGAAGAUGAAUCUGAGGACUCAAUCCCUCUAAAGGAGAUGCUAAGCUCUGCUCCCCCCGCAGAGCACGCGAAGGACGAGCGCUACAGGGCGGACGUGGACGACGCGCAUACCGAGACCGAUGACGAUACUCCCAUGGAGUUGAGUCGAGAAGAAGAGAAAGAUGGCAAGAAGAAGAGAGAUUACUCGCGCAAGAAGAAGUCGGAUUCCAGAACAUGUUCGGGCUCCGAGAGUGCGGCUGAGGCGAGUGCCCCGGAGUCGCCGAGCACCAACGACGCCGAGAGACAACACCGACUGUGGAAGAAAUCCGUCAUGCUCGUCUAUAGCAGACUCUGCGCCCACAAGUACGCGUCGCUAUUCUUGCGUCCGAUCAGCGACGACGAGGCGCCCGGCUACAGCAUGGUGGUCAAGCGGCCCAUGGACCUCUCCACCAUACGCAGGAACAUCGACAAUGGCGUUAUAAGAACUACGGAGCAGUUUCAGCGCGACGUGCUACUGAUGUUGUCCAACGCGCUCAUGUACAACAGUUCAGAGCAUAGUGUGUAUACCAUGGCUAAGGAGAUGUUUAGCGAGGCACAAGGCCAACUGGGCAUGCUGCUAGCUGCGCAGGCUCACGCGGGGUUGCUGCACGAGCCGCCGCCGCGACGCAAGCGCCGCCGCGACCACGAGCCCAGGACACUCGCGCAUAAACGACCACAUUGAUACAUAUAAGCUGAAGUAGUGAAAAUAAGCUAUGUCUUGUUACCCCCCUGGCAGAAAGAUAUGUUGUAUUACCCCUGUCCUAUAUUACCCCUUACUGCCACAAGAAAAAUAGCAAAAGUUGUGUUGAAUAUCCCUGAACCAUAUACUUUGACCAUCCUACAGUACCCAAGUUAUGUUAUGUUCCCCUGACUUCUAGGGAAAAGCUGUUUUGUUACCCCUGGCCCAUAGUACAGAAAUAACCACUUGCGCAUAAACGACCGCAUUGAUACACGAUACACUAGUGAACAUAUGUUAUGUUACCCCCUGGCAGGAGAAAAGAUGAGAAUCACCACUGACCCAUAGCAUAAAAAUUCAGCAUUCGCGCAUAGGAAUUAAAAAUAGUUUAUUUCAGGCAUAAACUGCCGCAUUGGUUGCAGUUAUACGCUAUGCAAAUGUAAUAAGCAAUGUUUACCCCUGAUAAAAGAUAUGUCGCGUUACCCUGACUUUUAGGGAAAAAUAAUUAUUCCCAAUACACGGCAAAGACAUGUUUCGUUACCCCUAACUGCUACAAUGUAAUCUUGUUACCUCUUACCUGCAAAAUUGCACGCAAAUUGACUACUCACGCAUAAACUACAGCAUUGAUAGCAGAUACGUUACCCCUCACAGGGUUGUGUUGAGUAUCCCUGUCUCCUAUGCAUUGUCAAACCAACAUUACACAAAUUUUGUUGUUAUCCCUCACUGCUACAAGAGUAAUAUUGCGUUGAUUAUCACACUAACUCACAUAAGAAACCCCAUUUAUAUCAGACCCCACAUCGCCCCAUUCACAGCAGACCCCGCCUGACUCCAUUGGCGUCAGACCCCACAUGACCCCAUCUACGUCAGACCCCGAAAGACCACAUUACAGUCACCAAAUAUCUAUAUUAUGCAAAAUAAUCAUGUCAGACAGUUUCUUCAACAAUGUCGCGUUUGUAAUAUUUAGAAAAAUAAAAGUACAACUCUUAUAAUGUGAAAUAAAUGCUAUGAAUGUAUCAUAAAUGU